UGGGAUUCCCAGGGGGGCUUCCUCAUCCUUAAACUCUGGCUCUGAGUCUAUACAGUGACACAGGCCCAGCAGAGCGUGGCUGGUGCUGUCUCCCCCGGGCUCCUGCCUGUGGGAGCCGUGCACACAGCCAGCCCAGGUGUUGGAGGGUCAAGUUCAUCGGUGUCCACUGCUGUCCAUGAAGGUGCCGUCUAGGCGGCCAGCCACUUGGCCCCCAACAGCCGAGAUGUGGCACAGCGGCCCCAGAGCUGUGCCCGUCCCGGGGUGGGUGCCCGUCUUUGUCGCACGUUGAGCCUCUGCCACCGCGAUGUUGUCAGACAUACAAAAAUAGGAGAGGACAUUACGCGGCCCGAUGAGGCUGACACAGCUUUCAUCCGUCCCAGUUCACACAAAGCACAGACGGCUGCAGAAAUGCCUGAACUUAGCUGUGGUGGCAGCGCUUUGAAGGGAUUGUUGGGUGUGUGACAAUGACUCGCGAGCCGCAGCAAGUCCCGGCCCAGCUCUGCCACGGAGCCCUGCAGGAGGGGCUUCAGAGCCGCCGCCUAGGGGGAGCCUCAGCCACAAAGCGCAGCCUGGGGGCCUCGGGUGGGAAGGGCCCUCCCCGUGGGGAGCUGUCCCCGAUGCACCCGACAGCCACGGGCAGGCUGAGGAAAACCUGUGGCCCGGGCCCCACGCAUUUUCAGCAGACAGCAGCCAAAUUGAGCGGAGGCAGAACACACGUCCCGCCGGUCAGGACAGGCCUGCAGGGUGGAGGGGAGGCCGAGGCCCUGUGUCCCACGCAGCAGGGCAGGUCCGGAGCCGCAGGUGCAGGGGUGCACCAUUGCCAGGGCCGGAGGACGGCAGCACUGGCCAAGUGCUGUGCACAGCCGAGCGGGACUCGCAGCUGCAGGCGGCCACUUCUUUCUCCCCUGCAGGUGGCUCGGCAGCUCCAGCCCUCCGUGGUGUGGAUCCAAGACACCGAGAAAACCUUCUACAAAAAAGUGCCCAAUACGGAGAAGCAGAGUGAACCCAAACGCCUGAAAAAGCAGCUUCCAAAAAUCCUGAAGCUCCUGAAACCAGACGACCGGAUCCUGAUCGUGGGGACAACACAGCGUCCUUUUGAUGCUGAACUUCAGUCAUUCUGCAAAGUUUACCAGAAAAUCAUUCUGGUUCCCAGGCCGGACUACGCCUCCAGAUACGUUCUGUGGAAGCAAGUGAUUCAGCGCCUUGGAGGGGUCCUCACCAAUGCCUUGAACAUCAGCUGCCUGGCCAAGGUCACCGACGGCUUCACCCAGGGACACGUGGUGGAGGUGGUUCAAAGCGUGCUCUCGGAGCAGAGGAUCCGGCAGCAGGGCCGCCGGCCGCUCACCGCGGGCGAGUUCAUCGCGGCGAUAACCAGCAUGAACCCCGUGUACAAAGAGGAAGAGGAGAGCUUUAAGGACUGGUAUGCAAGGACCCCUCUAGGCAAGAGGCGAGCCCUGGCAUUAAUGGGAGGCACAGAAAAGGAAACGGAAAAGGAAAAAGAAAAGGAGAAAAAGCAGAAAAAGAAGAAGUAGCGCCUGUCUGAGAAGCAGCCCUCGAGUCUCUCUCAGAAACGGAGAGGGCCCCAGCCGUCCCAGGAGAAGUUCCCACCCCUGCCCGUCGGAAGAUGGCCCCGGGACUGCGCAGUGACCACAGGGGCCCGCGCUCUCCAGCCACGGUGCUCGGCUCUGCCUGGAGUAGGCUGGCCCCCGCGUUAGGUCUGCAGGACACUGUCUUCUGUGACAACAGCAGUGGUCCCUCGAUGAUCAGACAGUUCGCAUAGGAGCGAAUUCCCCUGCCUGAGCUCCACGCCUUGCCGACCGGUCGCUGCACCUUCCCCGCUCUGCUGUCCGAUUUCCAGCGUGGUAGUCGGGAGCCUUCCAGUGUGGCCGCCGGGAAGCCGCGCCAACGGCACCCGUGCACCCGUCUUCACUCGUGCACGGGCGCUGUGUAUCCCCUUGCACCUUCGUAUUUUAACAAAUUAACCCUUUAUUCUAGAAACGUCAUUCAUGUAGCAGAAUAAAGCCAUUGCUUUGAA